GUCAACGCCGGCUUCUCGCAAGCCGACGUUGACAGGUACGCGAGGCAGAUCGAGGCCUGGGUGACCCUGCAAGCGGAGAAGGCUGCGACGGCCGCGCGUAAGGCGGCAGAGAAAGAGGCAGCGGAGGAGGAGAAGGCCCCAGUAAAACGGGCGAAAGCCCGCGCUGCCAAAGCGGCAGACAAAGCCGCGGCGAAAGCAGCGGCGGCCAAAAAAGCCGAGGAGGAGCGGAAAGCAGCGGCCGCGCUGGAGGCUCGGCGCAAGAAGCGCAAAAGUGAGCGGGAUCGCCGCACCAACAAGCGCAAGAGCUUGAAAGACGCCCAGAGCGAGGGCGACGCCGAG